AAAUAUACCCACCCUUCAUUUCAUUUUAAAUUAAACACAAUUAUAAUAAAAUUAAUAUUUUUUAUUGGUUAUAUUAAUAAUCAUAAUCAUCAUCAAUUAAUAAUGUAUACAAGUACAAAACCAUAUAUAUUUUUAUCAAUAAUAUGCAUUAUUACAUUUAUUUCAUUUUCUUUUAUAUUAAUAAAUUUUAAUAAUACAAUUUUUACAGUCGAAACAUACGAAUAUUCGGGCGAUUCUUUCAACUAUUACAAUUUAAAUAGAUAUCAUUAUAAAUACCAAUUUUUGGACCAUGAGUCAAACAUUACUAUAUCAAAUAAUGGAAAUAUUUUAAGCACUAUCCAAAGAACCAAAUAUUCACCAGAAUCGCCAUUAUAUAGAUUUUUCAAAUCAUUCUUCUACCUCAGUGCAUGGUAUCUAAUUCUAUUGGUUUUCAUGGCCUUUUUAUUAUUCAUUUUACAUUUUACAAAACUAUUAAAAUGUAACUAUGAAUUUAGAGAAAUGAUUAGAAAUGGAGAAAUGUCAGCAUUUAUGGUUAAAAGAAAAAGAGACAUAUGUAUCACUAUAGUAUCAGUUUUUUACCUUGCAAUUGUUGGAAUUACUUUUGGUAUUGCUGUAGCAUUGCCUUUAAAUUUGCCCACAUACUUUAUUAAGCAAGACCGUUUCAACCAUUUUACUGACAACUUGUGCAAUACAUUCAAUAUAAAUUCGACUAUCGGCUUACACCAUUUUGGUAAAUGUUCAACAUCAUCUGGUCAAAUUACAAUGCAAUAUUCUUCAACUGAUAUAUAUAUGAAAUAUUCAUGGGGUAUAGGCGAAUAUUUCGUUGUUAUUAGAUCCAUCAUACUAACAACUGCCUUGGUUGGUUUGUUUUUAUUUUUAUUAUUAUGUCUAUUAAAAUAUAAAAAACCAGCUAGUGCCAUCAUAAACAAUGACCCAAAUAAUAAUAAUAAUGAAAAUAGUAUUAAUUCAAUUCAUAUUCCAAUGGCAACCGUUACACCAAUAGGAAAAUCAAUUUAUAUUUCAUAAAAAAAUAAAUUAAAAAAAAAAAAAAAAAAAUUUGUAAAGAUCUAUAAAAAAAUACAUACUCAUUGUUGUUCAUUCAUUAAAUAAAUCUUUUUUUAUAAUAAAUUUCAAAUCAAUCU